AUGGUUUCUGGUCUCUCUCAAGUCAUUGGAACUUCUACCAAUCAUAAUCCACACAUGGCUCAACCAACUUCAACCACUACUAUCAAUAAAGAAUCUCAACCUCUUGUAGAUCAAGAAGCAAAAAAGAAACCUCACUAUAGAGGAGUGAGACAAAGACCAUGGGGAAAAUGGGCAGCAGAAAUACGUGAUCCAAUAAAAGCAGCUAGGGUUUGGCUUGGAACAUUUGAUACAGCUGAAGAUGCAGCUCUUGCAUAUGACAAAGCAGCACUUAAAUUCAAAGGCGCAAAAGCUAAACUUAAUUUCCCUGAAAGAGUUUUUCAAUGCAACAACAACAAUAAUUCUAGUGGUUCUGUUGAUAAUCAACAAGUUUUUCCGAAUUUGUUUCAGUAUGCUCAGAUUCUCUCUAGUGAUGCUGAGUUUCCUUAUUAUGCAUCUCAUCUUUUCAAUCAAGAUCAACAAGGAGAUGAUGUUCGUCGCCCACCUGGGCAGUAG